AUGGAUCGAGCUAUCGUUAUUCAUCUGCCACUGAUUGUGAUGAUUUUGGCGCUUUUCUCAUCCGUGGCAACCCAUUGGGUUCCCCGUUCGCCCCCACCCCCGAUCACCCCCCCGCCCCUCUGUGCCUCCCAGUUCACAUUGGUGAAUCGGGCGUGUGCCAUGCUACCUUACAUGCCAGGCCCCCCGGCGUUUCACCCCGCCUCGGUGGAUGAGGAAGAGAGUCGGCGCCACCAUGGGCACCACCACAACCACAGGAGUACCCACCAAGAAUCGCCCGAGCAACAGGAUUGCUGCCGGUGGCUGAAAGAAGUUGACAAUGUGUGCGUUUGCGACCUGCUGGUGCGCCUGCCGCCGUUCCUGACGCGACCUAUGCACAACUACACGGUCGUGGUCGAUGACUCGUGCGUCGUCACGUUCGCGUGCGGAUCGAGAUUGGUUCGGGUUUGA